AUUACAUCAUACGCUGUUGCCUGCUUCUCCUCCUCCAGACUCCAGCAAAUCAGCCGCUACAUACCCUUCCUCCGGCGAUCCUCCUCCGGCGGCGCUGCCCUACUCCGCCUGCUUCUUCCUCCGUCGAGUCCUCGCUGCCGCAACAUCAGCCGUAUAACGGCUCCUUCUUCCUCCGGUGAUAACCUUCAGAAAACACGACAGAAACAGAAACACGCUCCGCAGCCACAGUCUUCAGCCUUGUCUCCACUCUCCAGCCACCCUCGCCGGAGUCACUUCAGUCUCCAGCCUCAUCACUCUCACUCAAUCACUCUCUAGUCUCUUAAUAAUUCAGGAAACAUAAUGCCAGAAGAUAAAAAAAUUAUCGGUCUAACAUGGGAACCAAAGCUACCUUCUCUUUUACUCGGUAAAAAAAGUGGGUCGAACAACAAGUCUCAAAACGUACCACAAUCUAGUCUGGUGUAUAAGUCUAACUCAGAGCUUAUUGACGGGUUGUUCGUUCCACCUAACGACCCCAAGAAGGUUAACAAGUUACUGAAGAAGCAAGUCAAAGACACCACCGGAAAGAAUUGGUUUGAUAUGCCUGCGCCUACGCUCACUCCUGAGUUGAAAAAAGAUUUGAAGCUGUUAAAGCUGCGAAAUGUGAUUGAUCCAAAGAGGCACUACAAGAAGGGCGACUCCAAAUUAAACACAUUCCCGAAAUAUUUCCAGGUUGGGACGGUUGUGGAGCCGGUUUCAGAGUAUUUCACGAGUAGGCUUACAAAGAAAGAAAGGAAACCAACUCUUGCUGAUGAGCUACUCUCUGAUAAAUCACUCAAGGAUUACAGGAAGCGCAAGGUUCGAGAGAUUGAAGCGAAAAACCAGCCAGGCGGAGUCGAUAAAUGGAAGAUUAAAGGUAAAGCGUCGUGGAAACGUGCAAAACAAAGGAGACACUAAUGAGCUUGUCAACUGGGAACAGUCAUUCGAAUGCUAUAAAGUUUUGAUAAUAGUACUGUGGAAUUAGGCAACAAAUUACUGGAUUAAGAUGUAUCUUUGGUUUUGAUUUGUGAUGCAAGAUUUGAAGACCAAAUUGUUUAUAAUUUCAAUGCUGUUUAAAUUAAAUA